GCGCGCCCGGCCCACCACAGAUGGAAACGGUGUUCCCCUUGUCCGGGCUGGGCCGCUUCAGGGGGGAAGUCGCCUCGUGUGCGAUGCUUCACCGUACCAAGAUGCAUAAAAUAAAAAGGAAUUGACAAGAUGUCAGUCUUCUCCAUCCCCCUUGAGAUGCUAGUUACGUCUGUGUGCGGAUGUGUUUCUCGCGGGGGGAGUUUCCAGUUAUGUAAAAGUUGAAACACCCAACAGUGUUGAAUGGGGUCUCCAGAGAGUGAUUAUGUAUACAGGAAGUGGAAUGUAACAUUGUUUGGGAAAUACUGGUGACUGAAGAUCAUGGCAACUAUUGAGGAACUGGCCCAUCAGAUUAUUGAACAGCAAAUGGGGGAGAUUGCACAUUCUCAAGGAUCUGUCACACAAACACUAAUGGAUGGAACAGCGCAAAGAAUUCAGAUUGUACCUGCAGAUACAGGUCUCUCCUUACCACAACGCAUACAGAUUGUCACGGAACAGCAGACGGGGCAGAAGAUUCAGAUUGUUACAGCACUUGAUCAGACUGCAACAGGCAAGCAGUACAUUUUAACAAAUCAUGAUGGUUCUACUCCAAGUAAAGUGAUUCUUGCCAGACAAGAUGCUGCUCCUGGGAAAGUUUUCCUAACAACUCCAGAUGCUGCAGGGGUCAACCAGCUAUUUUUUGCAUCCCCAGAUAUAUCUGCACAACACAUUCAGAUUUUAACAGACAAUUCUUCUACUGAACAAGCCCUAAAUAAAGUAUUUGAUCUUUGUGUUGUUUGUGGAGACAAGGCUUCAGGACGUCACUAUGGAGCAGUGACAUGUGAAGGAUGCAAAGGGUUCUUUAAAAGAAGCAUACGAAAGAACUUGGUGUAUUCAUGCCGAGGGGCAAAAGACUGUGUGAUUAACAAGCACCAUAGAAACAGAUGUCAAUACUGUAGGCUGCAGAGAUGUAUUGCAUUUGGAAUGAAACAAGAUUCUCCACACCCUUUUGUAGCUGUUCAGUGUGAGAGGAAACCUGUUGAAGUGUCACGAGAAAAGUCUUCAAAUUGUGCAGCUUCUACAGAAAAGAUUUACAUCCGGAAAGAUCUGCGGAGCCCACUAACCGCAACCCCAACCUUUGUAACAGACAGUGAAACUGCAAGAUCAACGGGAAUGUUAGAAUCUGGCAUGUUUGUGAACAUUCAUCAGUCCGGUAUAAAGAAUGAGCCUGCAGUGUUGAUGACUCCAGAGAAGGCUGAAACAUGUCAAGGAGAUUUAAGUACUUUAGCAAAUGUGGUAACAUCAUUAGCAAGUCUAAGCAAGUCCAAAGACAUGUCCCAAAGUAGUCCUGAGCUUUCUAUGAUAGAAAGCUUAAGCAAUGGAGAUACAUCAUUAUCUGAACUCCAGCAAGAUGAACAUGCAAAUACUGAUGUUACAAGGGCAUUUGAUACGCUUGCAAAAGCACUAAACCCAGGAGAGAGUGCAUCCUGUCAGAGCUCUGCAGAAAGUAUGGAAGCCAGUGCACGUCUAGUUGGUGAAGAAGCAAGCAUGAAUAUUGUUGAAAUAGAGGGCCCUCUUCUCAGUGAUGCUCAUGUAUCUUUCAGGCUCACCAUGCCUUCUCCUAUGCCUGAAUACCUGAAUGUUCAUUAUAUUUGUGAAACAGCCUCCAGAUUGCUCUUCUUAUCUAUGCACUGGGCACGUUCCAUUCCUUCCUUUCAAGCUCUAGGGCAGGAUAACAGCAUAUCACUAGUGAAAGCCUGCUGGAAUGAACUUUUUACACUUGGACUUGCACAGUGCUCACAAGUAAUGAAUGUAGCAACUAUACUGGCUGCAUUUGUUAAUCACCUUCAUAAUAGCUUGCAGCAAGAUAAGCUGUCAGCAGAGAGAGGAAAGCUAGUGAUGGAACAUAUCUUCAAACUGCAGGAGUUCUGUAACAGUAUGGUGAAGCUUUGCUUGGAUGGUUAUGAAUAUGCUUAUUUGAAAUCAAUCGUCCUCUUCAGUCCUGAUCAUCCAGGGUUAGAAAAUGUGGUACAGAUUGAAAAAUUUCAAGAAAAAGCAUAUAUGGAGUUCCAGGACUAUGUAACAAAAGUAUAUCCAGAUGACACCUACAGGUUGUCAAGGCUACUUCUCAGAUUACCUGCCCUGCGACUGAUGAGUGCUGCUAUCACUGAAGAACUGUUCUUUGCAGGACUAAUUGGAAAUGUACAAAUUGACAGCAUCAUACCAUAUAUUCUAAGAAUGGAGACUGCAGACUACAACUCUCAAAUAAUUGGUCAUGCUGUAUAAAACCACAGAUGUAGGCCACAGUUGAUCCACAGAUUCUAUACCAUGGCAAUCAUGGUGAUUGAUGUAAAUGUACUCUAUCUCCAAGAGAUAACAAGAAGAAUUAAAUAAGGCGCAACUUCUCCUUGCCAGUGCAUUUGAGAAACACAGCAGAAUAUCUCAAGUGGUACAGGAUGACUUGCCUUUUAUUUGGUUUUCAAGAACUUGUACAUUAUUUUAGAAUCUUAAUGAAAAUCAAGAAUUGUUCAUCCUAUUUUUGUAGCUUAGCUAUACCUGGAAGUGACACUUUUGAACUUCAAACAAAUGUAAAAAAUUAGCCUUUGAAGAAGAAACUUCAUUAAGGCAUUUCAGCUUGAUGUUUUAGAAAAAAAUAAAUUAACUUUCUCCCCAUGUUGUGUUUUCAGUAUCUUGUUUCUGAAAUUUAUUAGUCUGUUUGAUGUAAGACUGAAAUUCUGAACAAGCCAACGUAUUUCUAAUAUAAAUGGAGUACAACAUUUUGGAUAUCUUUCAACUGCUUUGAACAGAACUUAAUUUUUUGUUUAACAAACAAAUGUUUGUUAAAAUUGAAGAGAAAUUACAGGAAAGCUGUAAAAUGUCUUGAUGUCCUGUUAGUGCACCAAAGCAAUCAUUACAUUACUCCAUCAUUAUUUGGGUCAAUCUGAGUUGCAACUCUGUCAUGUUCAGAGUUAUAUCCGCUGGUAAUAUAACUUCAAACUUAAGUAUAAUAGGUAUUCCAAUUACAUCAGAUUUUCACUGUGUUUUUAUUACCUAGGGUCUGUUAUAUUAUAUACAUAUGCAAUGCAGAAUACUAGUGCCAACUAUACUCAUUUUAGUAAGGCUGGUUACAUCUACCUAACACUCAGAUGGACUAAUCAUGGAGGUGGUCCAUUCUGCACAGAUUUGUGAGCAAUCAUACUCCACUUUACCACUGUUAAUAAAAUUGGAUCUAUAAUGGUCCCAUGUCUUCAAGAUUUAAAUAAGUCUUCAGUUCUCAUAAUACAAAUGAUAUAGAUUAGAUAAGACUAGAGAUGGCUUCAGAAAUAGAUGGCUUCCGAUCAAGGCCCAUUCGUAAGAGGGUUGUUUUAAACAAUAAUCAGAUGAAUUAAUAAACCAAUGAUGGGAUAUGUGUUACUGAAUGGUAUUCUGGUUUUCCUAAAUAGCAGUGAUCACAGAAUCUUCAUUUUUACAAAUGUUAUAUUUUCAUGGGGUGUGGGUGUGUGCGCGCGCAUGUGUGUUGUUAGGUAUCUUCAGUCUUUUUCUGGAGGCAUUUGGUGAUUGAUUAAAGGCUCCUUGUUUAAUUACCAAUAGUAAAGUUAAUUUAGAAUCAACAUUAAAUACCCAUUUACUUUAUCAAGGAUAGCCCAUGUAGUGUUAAUUUUUGUCAUUAUUUUCACCUUUAUUUCCGAUGUUAAGUAUGGAUCAUACUAACACAACUGCCUCUAAUGGAGACUUCUCAAGUUAUAAUCUUUAUCAGAAGAUCAAGGCCCAUUUAUAAUGUGAAAUUCAGUAUUAUUUGCAUUAGGUUUUUGUAAAUUGUUUGAACAGAAAGAGUAAUUUUUAUAUAUUUCAGUAUGAGUUACCUAAGAAUAAUGAAUGAUGUGAAAAGCCCCCCCCCCCAAGAAAAGGUACACUUGUGUGUGCAUGUAGGUGUGUGUUAUACACACAGUUUUAAUAUAUUUCUGGGUACAUCUUGUAGGUACAAUCUGAAUUGUUUUUAAAUUCUUAAUGGUCAGUUGCGUUGCACACCUCCCUAAUGGUGUUGAUACAUGUGUUAUAUCUAGAGCCUCUCUAUUGUCCCUGGAAAUUGUUUCUUCAUUUCAUUCCACUUUUGUAUACAUUAAUUAUAGUUCAGUUUUAGUGUAAGCAUCACAAUGUCCCAAUGACUGUCUUGUUGUAUAAAAAAAAAGAACCCUACUGUAAAUGUCUUGAAACCUGAAGAAGUAUAAAUUCUAUUUUGGCUGUAUUUUUAAAAAUAAAUUGUAACUUUUUAUUAUAGAAUGCAGUGAUGUUCUUUGAAGAAAACUAUUGUGAGCUUAUAUAUACAAAGACUUGGAGCUGUGUUGUUUGCUGUACUUGUUAUAUUGUUAGAGAUUAAUAUUUUGCAGUACUGUAAUAUAGAGUGGCUAAUUAUAGUACUUCGGCUCAGAUGCACUCACUUUGUUAUUUCAGUUUAAUUUUCCCACCUGUACAUAUCAUUAGCCCUUCAAUCCUUGUUCGUUUUUAGCUUUUUGUCUUGAUCCAAGUAAAUAUUCAGGUAUUUAUUUCUAACAUCUAAUAAUAUCCUGCUCUAAAAACUAUCAGUAAAAAAAAUGAACAUGUUUAUUGUAGCAUAACUUAUUACUCUGCUUAUCAUCCCAAUAUAUUUGGGUUUCAUUUAACAAGCCAAGAUAAAUUCCUUGAAACAAAAAACAAGUUUUAAUGGACUCUUACUGAUAAUUUGAGGCUACACAAAAGCAAAUUGCUAAAAGAGGAUAGGGACAUUGCAGAAAAAUUGAAUAAGUUAUUUGUAUCAGUCUUCAAUAUUAAAAAUUUUGGAUGGAAGCUA